UUAGUAGUAGGCCAUGCCAUGCCUCUCCCCACCUGCUUUUUAUUCCCAUAAAUCAAACAUUUUAUCUCUUCUUUUUUCCUACUAUUCUCUUCUCACACUUCUCAAGAAAAAUAAAUAUUUACCAUCACUCCCUAUCUUGCUUGGUCUUCAUUUUCUUGUUUUUCCUUUCUUUUUUUUGUUGUUGGGAUUCUUGAUUUUGUUAUGUAUUAGUAUUAGUUUAAAAUUUUAAAUGGCAACUUUGGAGGACAAGCCUGUUCUUGUUCUUGAUGUGGGUUCAAGCCAGCAAGAAGCACUUGUUUCUCCUGUUCAUCAGGUUAAUGACUCGACAGCUAUUGUCGAAGAAGACAGCCAAGCUCGUCAAUGGAAGAAGAAAAAUCUUGUUCUAGAGAUACCCUCAAGAACAAUCGAAGACUCUUUACAGGAUUCUGUUGUAAUAAAGAUGCCUCCUACACCAAGUCCGACCCCUAGGAAAGUGAACUUCCUCUUGACACCUAGUUCUAGUGAUGCGAGAGCCUGUAGUUCCCCAGGUCCCUCUUCCACUAGAGGCAAAUCAUCCUUACGAAGUCUCUUACCUAAAUUAAGCUUCAAGUCUAAAAUUUCUACAUUAGACGCUGAGAAGGCUGUCAAUUUAGCUCCAGAUUCUUCAUGUAUCGUGCCAAAAGAGAAGCCUUCAAUCUCAAGGUCAUUAUCACUCUCUAAAAUAUUCACCCCUAGAAUGAAAAGAACAUCAUCUCUGCCUGUAACACCAGUGGUAACUUCUAACUUAGAAUCUCAACGCGGAGGAAGCAUUAGCGGUGCGCUCAGUUCAAGUGGAAAAGGCACUCAGCGACAGAUAUCUCGCUCACUUUCAGUGCCUGUUAACAAUAAAGAAAAAAGUAUCAGGAGGAUGGAUUCCUUUUUCCGUGUCAUUCCUUCGACUCCUCGAGUGAAGGAAGGAGAUGUAAUAGUAACUGCUUCUCCAGACAAUGAUACUGAAACCGACGACACUGAUGGUGAAGACAUACCCGAAGAAGAAGCUGUUUGUAGAAUUUGCUUGGUUGAACUGUGCGAAGGAGGUGAGACCCUUAAAAUGGAAUGCAGCUGCAAAGGUGAACUAGCUCUAGCCCAUCAAGAAUGUGCCGUAAAAUGGUUUAGCAUCAAAGGUAACAAGAAUUGUGAUGUGUGUAAGCAAGAGGUCAGCAAUCUCCCUGUCACUCUGUUAAAAAUCCAAAGUGUCCGCGCUCGAACUACCGGGGCUAGUAGAGCUCUUCAGGGUGAUGCUAAUGGUUACAGGCUUUGGCAGGAAGUUCCUGUGCUUGUAAUUGUUAGCAUGCUUGCCUACUUUUGUUUUCUUGAGCAGCUUCUGGUUGGAAAUAUGGGUACUGGUGCAAUUGCUAUAUCACUUCCAUUUUCUUGUGUACUGGGCCUUCUCUCAUCUAUGAUCUCAUCAACAAUGGUGAAAAGAAGAUUUGUGUGGGUUUAUGCAUCAGUUCAAUUUGCUUUGGUGGUUCUCUUUGCACAUGUUUUUUACUCCUUGGUCGACUUACAAGCAGUUCUAUCAAUUCUUCUUGCCACAUUUUCCGGAUUUGGUGUGGCAAUGAGUGGCAGCUCAAUACUGGUUGAGUUCUUGCGAUGGAGAAGAAGAUGGCUUGCACAAGCAGAGCAACAGCAUGAUUCAUUUUUGAUGUCAGCACCAGGCCAAUUCCCAAGAACUGUAAAUUCAUCCCAAACAGGCUCCGGCGACCGCCACUAAAACGGCCGCCGCCGCGGCUGUUGAAUGCCAGAAACGUUCAGUGGAAGUUAAAUAUUGGUGGCUCAUUAGAGUAUAGUAAAAGAAAAAAUUGGAAAGUGUUGUGGCUAAAAUAGCUAUGAAAAUUUGCCUUGUGUGAUAUAUAGAAAGUAGGUCAUUUUUUUUUCUAACACAUCAUACAAACAGGGUUAAACUUCUAAAGAUUAUAAUUAUGGAUUGGGUUUUUUAACAGGAUUUGAAAUAUAGUUAUGAAAUUAAUAGAA